CAAGCUCUUGUGUAGCUGAGGACGUUAGCGCUCAGUGGGCUUCAUGAUAAUUGUGUGAAACGAGUCUGCUCUCCUAAAAGAUAUCUCUUCCUCUGCCUAGUUACGUUAGGUGAAAGCUGCUGGACUAACCUGAAAGUGCCAGAAGCCUUUUCUUUCACAAACAGUAGUGGCUGCCACUACCUCUGGGCUUGGAUUUCUAAAAAUGGAACUCUGAAAUUGUUGAACGACCUCAGUCUGUGGCAGUUAAGCUGAUACUGGUUGGUGUCAUCUUGCAACUUUGGGCACUGAGAUUACUCUGCAGGGUUUUUGUCUUCUGGAGUCCUGGAUGGUGAUGGCACUUGACAAAGCACCGCUUUGCCGUUCCGUCUGUAUUGUGCCAGCAGCACAUCCCCUUCGGGGAGUUACCUGUGAAACCGUGCUGCAGACGUGUGGAGUAGUACAGAAUGGUGGUAGGAGUUGCGUGUCAGUUUAGUCCAUCUCAAAUGGUAAAAGUACUCCGAAGUAAAGCUGACAUCUGUAUCCAGCUUGCUCUGCUAGGGGUUGAAUCUUGCAAGGUUCCAACUGCACAUUAGGAUCACACCCAGAAAUUUAUCUGAGUAAGCAUCAUUCAAACAGCCUUGCAAAACUGAGGGAAAUAGGGAAGUUGUUAUGCAUAAUGAUACAGCCUAGUUAGCUGGUUUAGGCUGGGAAGUAGUAAUUCCCAUUUCUGAAGUUUUUAAUUAGGGAAUCUAGUGACUCUCUACAGAAAAAGUGAGGGGACUUGCUCAGGUUUUUAUUAUUGGUUUUUAAAAAAAUAAUAGCAUGAGCUUCAGCUAUCAGCUUCUUACAGGAGUAGUGCUGUCCAUGGCAUGAAGAGCUAACUUCUCGUUAGUUGCUUCAUUGACUGACUUUAAUUCAGAGUAUGCAUCUGGAAAUGAGUGCCAGAAAAGAAUAACUGCUCUCUGCAGGCCAGUUAAUGGUUUGGAUGGAUGUAGCUGUCAAGCAUUGGAAUUCCGUAAAACUAAAAUGAAAGGAAUGACACAGCAAGAUGCUAGUUCUAUAGAAUAGCUCUAAAAGCUGGAUUACGUGCCUGGAACUUGGUAUGGCUUAUAAGGUUGCAUUCUGGCUAACAAAGGGCUGUUACCAGUCUCUUGACAACAGUGAGUUUAACCUAAUGUAAAUCCCUAAUGUAAUCUCUGCCAAUCAAAUCAGGCACAUGUAACUGGAGGGAAAACUCAAAGCAAUUACACAGGAGGCUUCUUACAGAGCCUGACUGCCACUGAAGUGGAAAGGCCGUGCUAGGCAGACAUUCCAGUUCUAGAAUAAUCUUUUUCUAGGUUGGUACCUGGUUUGGACUGUAUUUAUUCCUCUGGUGUAAACAAGCACUUAGUUUGUAAUCAGACCAAACUUAGUUUGACUAGAAGGUUUAAAAACCAACCUUAGCAGUGAAAUCUAGUUGUAGCUGGAUACAACUAAUGCAGCUUCUGCUUUGCUAAGGCUCUGUAUUAGUCACUGCCUCUAAUUAGAUAUUAAGCCUAAGUUUUCCGUGUGCGUGAGUAAACUUGCUCACAAGGGAGGAUAUCAUUUCUUCCUGGUCCUAAUUUCCAUAAUGUAGAUGGCCUAUGGCUCUCGUUCAGAGAAACUGCAUGUCAUCCCGAUACCGCAUCUUGAAUUGUCAGCUUCUUAUCUGAGGGCUUGAAAUGCCCAUUAUUUACUGGAGUCUGCAGUAUCUUCUGUCGUUUGCAUCUCUGCAGCUAGUGUCUGUGAACAGGCUUUCAUCACACGUGCUGUCAAAGCUGCUCAUCCCAGCCGUGCUGGUGUGGGGAGGUUCGAGAGGCACCCGAGCUCCACGGCCAUGUGGUGCAACUGAAACACAUGACUCAAGUAAACUGACUCCGCUUCCAGGCUGCAGGUGGUGCAUGCUGGUGAAUAAUGGGACACUUGUUCAGUUUCAGAAAGUCAGGUCAAUUCAGUGAAGAUAUGAUUCCUACUGUGGGCUUCAACAUGAGAAAAGUUACAAAGGGUAAUGUUACAAUAAAGAUUUGGGAUAUAGGAGGGCAACCACGAUUCCGAAGCAUGUGGGAGCGGUAUUGCAGAGGAGUUAAUGCAAUUGUCUACAUGGUAGAUGCUGCAGAUCGUGAAAAAAUAGAAGCCUCUCGAAAUGAGCUGCACAAUCUUCUAGAUAAGCCACAGUUACAAGGAAUCCCUGUUCUAGUACUUGGAAAUAAGAGAGACCUUCCUAAUGCUUUGGAUGAGAAACAGCUAAUUGAAAAGAUGAACCUUGCUGCUAUUCAGGACAGAGAAAUCUGCUGCUACUCAAUUUCUUGCAAAGAGAAAGAUAAUAUAGAUAUCACGCUUCAGUGGCUUAUUCAGCAUUCAAAAUCUAGAAGAAGCUGAAGUCUUCCUGGAAUCUCCAGUACCAGUUGGCCAUAACCUCAAUUGUCCACUUCCCUCCAUAAUGAGAUAUUUCCCAAAAAUCCUGUAUCAAGAAUUUGCCUUUUCACGGUUCAUUUCUCAUGUGCACUGCUGAAGACUUGUAUUCCUAUUCUGUCACAAAACAACUAGAGUUGUCAUGAUAAAGUCAGCACAAAUAUUUAUUUUACAACCAUCUAUGGUGGGAGGGUUGUGGGGGGGGCUUUUUAAAAAAAAAAAAUAUCUCUCUACCAUGUUAACUAUGAUGGUACACUCUGUUCUGGUUUUUCAGGGCCAGGUUUUUAUAUGAUUUUCAGCAAGUGUUUUAUUUCUAGUGUUUAGUGGCUUGAAGAUGCUGAUGCUUGACAGCAUUAAGAUUCUGUAAGAUGCCACAUACAGUAGUUAGAAAACAUUUAAGCGUGAGUUGUGGGAUACUGAUUUAUCUCACAAAUGCAUGUGAUGUGUGUAUGUAAGCAGAGACAUGGGAACUGUUUGCAGAGGGGAGCACAAGGCAUAGAUCAGCAUCACUAAUCGACAGCUGAGAUCUGUCACUUGAAAAAGAAAACUCUCAUGAUGAAUUAGGAAGUGUCAACUGUUUAAAAUCAUUUUGUUGCUUCUGUUUAACAUUUGCGUGGGGAAUGGGAAUGGACUGUUCUGUCAAGCUUUCAAAAAUUGGAGUAUUCCAGCAUGAAAACAACUUGCUAGGAACAUCAGACUUUGUUCAAAUACAUUUUUCUAUCGACAGAUACUAGUGGUCUCUAUCUGAAACCAGAACACACAUUCUGAGCAGCUGCAUGACACUUAAAUUACUGAUGUUUUUGUAUAGAGUCAGUUGUUGACCUUUAGCACAAUACCUGUGUAGCUGUCUAGUGUCUCUCCUGCUCAUGGAAUGGCUGGGCACAGUUUCACCUGGUGCUACGGAAUAGCUAGGCUAUUGUGACAACUCUAGACCUGCCUGCUUCCUCGAUGUAACCAUGUGCAAAGUCUGUAAGUUGCAAGAUGAAGUGUUCUACUGUGUCAAAGCACAAGAGAGCCGAUGGAUCGAUCCUGCUUCUUGACUUGCUCCUACAGUAUAGGGAAGUAUGUGUAAACUAAAGAUUGUAACGCUUUUGUGGCUUUACUUUCUCAAUGACUUCAGUAUAUUUAAAGGGACAGGCUUGUUAAGACUGGUUUGUUCAUACAGUAAUGUCAGUGUAGCUCACUAGUGUAUGCGAAUACAUGGUACACCUGCUUGUGUUGCCUCACACUGUGUGUGAUUCUUCACCUAAAUGUAGUUUGCAUUAUGUCGGAGUCUUUGGUUGGAAACGCUGCCUAGUCCAUAUCAGCUAUGACAAGCCAGUUUUAAUUUGGACUGCCAUGGCCUUACUGUUCUGUACCAACUCUCGCGCUGUUGCACAGACACUACACGCUGCCUGCAUUCAGUCUGAACUUGCAUUUUAACUUUUUGUCCCCUUUCAGUUCUCUGAAGCAUGAUUUCCAUUAAUUCAUACUCUGGUGCUGUAGAGGAGAGGGUAUAUUAACUUGCUACUGUAGUCCCUAGUUCACCAGGAACUGUUACAGUUACUUUUAUUUAGCAAACUUGCU